GGCGACUGGAUGAUUGUUUUUUUUAGGUGAAAAAGCGGCGCGGUUCUCAGGGGAGCUAUGGAGACUACUAAGGAACUACAACAAGCGGCCAAUGACUGGUUGAUUACCAUGGAGAAGGGAUGUCAGCAGCUGCACGCAGUGGUGGGGGUGUUACUGGGCCAGAUGCAGAAGGGGUCAAGCUUUGACUGGGUGAAGCAACCGGCCUAUGAUAUUCUACUUCAAAAUCAAGUGGGUCCAUUGGGGCUCACACCAGACGAAGAGGAAACCGCCAAGGCGCUUGCUCGCAGUGUCUGCAUCCCUCCUUUGAGGGCAAGGGUUGGUGAUGGAAGUCAAGAGUAUUGGCCACUCCCAAUUCGUCCCCCAGGAGGACCAACAGGAGAAUACCAACCCCUUCCUGGGCUUCAAGAGAUUUUUUGGAGGCAUCUCGAUUUUGCAAGGACGCUCGUCUCAAAUUCCCCAUACUAUUACUUGUAUGUGAACCCCCCGGUCGCUGGACCACCACCGAUUCCUAGUCCAGAGUACAAUGCGGCAUAUCAGGAAAUAAAGGCUCGCGGGUCGAAUGAGACAAUUCGAACACCAGAGCAACAGGCAAUUAUUGACUUCUUUGCGGCACCUGGAACCCUCACUGGUGAAGCGCCGAUAACGACCCUGACCUUGUUUCGGGGAGGAGGAAGGGACUUGUUCAUCAUUGCCUCUCAAGUACUACCUGAGACCACAUCACUCUGGGACACAGCUUUCAUCUAUGCCUCCAUGGCAGCUUCUGGAUAUGAUUCGUUCACUAUCACUCAUUACUUCAAGAACCAAGUUUCAUUCUGGCGCCCACAGACUGCCAUCAGGUCUGCACUUGGUGUCGCAGAACCAUCGAAUUGGCGUGAGGAGCUGUCUAUCCACGUUAAGGUGCCUCUGCCAUCUGUCAAUCACAACCUCUUUCAGACAUCGUUUGGUUCUGAUCUUUCUUCCGAAGAGUACUGCCCCUCCGAGGCUGAGCAGGCCCGGAUUGCCGCCCUUCUGAGAGAGAAAAAGGAGAAGAAAAAGCUCCUUAAGCAUGCAAAGUUAAAGGCCAUUGCAGAGGAGCAGGCGGUGAAGAAGAAGAGAUUGGAGGAGGAGAUGCUGAGAUUUCAAAAGGAGAAGAUGCUGCAAAUAAAGCUAGAGGAAGAGGAAAGAAGAAGGGCUGCAGAGGAAGAAGCAGCGGCAGAGGAGGAGGAAGAAGAAGAAGAAGAGCCCCUUGAAAGAAGACGUGGAGAAGAGAGAGGGGAAGCAAGUGGCACGAAGGAGGAGGACAAAUGGAGGGAGAAGACGAUUAGUGAAUGGGUGGCUAAUUUAUCAUUGGGAGAAGAUGAAGAGGCACAACUAUAUGUGCCGUUGGAGGAGAGGGAGGCGUUUGUCAGGGCACUGGAGGAGUGUAAUGCUCCUUUCGCAGUUAUCUGGGCCAACAUGUGGAAGGGAGAUCUGACAGGAGUCCAUCAGUGGGACAGGGGACUGUAUGCGUAUUGUUUGAUUGUUCUACCCCUGUUCCCACUCUCCCUACCCUCUCCGUAUUCUGUGACCACCGGGACCUCUCAAGUACCGCAUCAGUCCACACUGAUGUCGAUGGAACAGGAUACCGGGGCACUGCCACGGCGCAGUGCCAGGCUCGCAGUUCUUGCUCGACCUACGGUACCUCCACGAACCAAGGCUCAGCAACAGAGACUCAGCAGGCGGACGACUCCAGCGGCAUCGAGUACAACAUUGACGGUACCGGACACCACCGGAGUUCUUCCCGCAUGCCCGGUCCGAAGGGCCAGUGAGCCGUUGGCUGACUAUUUUGGGCGGCUACAGGUAUUUACAGAUGCCGUAGCUGCCGCCAAGGCUCAGCAGGAGGCAGCAGAGGCAGAACGUCAGCGGUUGGCCAAUGAGGCGGCAGCCCAAGCUCAGCAGACUGCUAAGGCUGACGCAGCAGCACGAGACCAACGGAAUGCCGCCAGUACGGAGUCCCUGAUUCAUAGUGAAAGUCAGUGGACAACGUUCCUCCAAGGCAUGAUCUUUGUGCCUUCGGACGCGCAGGCAGACCCGACACCGGCGGAGGCAGAGAGGACUCACCUGGCUAACUUGAUGCUGGGCAUGAUGAGAGGCAUCAUGUGGAAUAACACACUGCUGCAGGCACAUCUGCGCACGGAACGACAGCAGCGACAAAAGUACCAGCAAGACAUUGCUGUUUUAACAACUGCCAUCCGCGCCGAAGCAACGCAGCAGCAGCAACAGCAUCAGCUGUUGAACUCCGCUCUCGCACGCAUCAACAGCAUUGAGGCUAACGCCUCAGCAGCGCCAUGUUGCACGACAGACGCGACGAAGCAACUCAAUGAGCGCAUCGAUCACAACGUCACCAUCAUCGGCGACAUAGGUGUUUUCAAUGGGCCGGACACGAUCAGUAGCACGGUGGCUGCCAUCAAGACGGAGAUCACCAAGCUGCAGACGAGACCGGACGCCGCUACAAAGACUUACAAGAUGCCGCACUUCGACAUCAGCAAGUUCGACGACUACAACAAGUCGGACGCCUUGACAUGGUGGCAACGUUUCCUCACGGAAGCAUCAUGCUGCACGGUCCCGGCAGACGACAUGAUGAAGGCACUCUACUUGCAACUAAUUGGAGGAGUGCAGGCUUGGAUGAACCAUCUGGCGGCUACCAACAAAUGCACCAUCGCCGACCUCCACACGCACAUCACGUGGAAAGAGUUCGAGAAGCUAUGGUUCACCCGGUUCAUGGUCCGCAACGUUGUGAAGGCGGCCAUGAACGAGGUGUACACCUGCUCUCAAGGAAAUAUGCCAACUCGAGAUUGGACAACCAAGUGGCAGAAGAUAGKGACCACGCCAGGAUUCGAUUUGAGUUUUCCAAAUCAACGAUCCGAGUUCUUCUCGCGAUCGUGCGCGGGACUGCGGUCGGCACUCGGCAACGAGUACGACUAUGACACGCAAGGCGACGCUCAGCAUCCUCCGGACCCAACAUGGACUCAACUGCAAUUCACAACCGACACCGAGUAUCCAAGUGGCACUGUGUGUUGGCACGUAUAUGGGGUACAUGCACUGGAGAGUUACCUAGGGACAAAUGAUGUCUCUUUCACAUUAACACGACCAUGGGGUGUAGCACGAACAUUUGCAUCAUUUGACGAAUUUGUGGAUCUGUCAGCCGAGUGGCGGAUAAUGGCGGGGGCUCACUACAGGUUCUCCACAAACGAUGGGCGCAUUUUAUGUAGAAGGGUCUCUAUAGAUAUCCAAGACAAGCUGAUGAUGCUGUACGGUGGAAGAGAACUUGAACAUGCGAGGGGCAGGGCCACUGGAAACAGAUAUGAUGCCGCAACCGGAGAAUACAACCCUCAGCCAGCUGGUGGUUAUCGCACUGGAGAAGCCUUGUUCGCGAACGACCAAGUCGGAGACAGACAUGUCGCCUUUAUUGACGACUCACUUGACGAACAAAUUUAACCCUAAGUUAACAGGACAGCAUGCUAAGGUCCUGUUUCCCAAAUGCUCCGAAUAAACCUGAGCUCUGUCUGACCAGCUUGCAGACAUGCAUAAUGGCUGGCUUGAAGACAAGACGCUUCGCGUCUGAAUCCCACGGUGUUUCAAAUGGGGACCUGGACAAGCUGAUUCUCGUGAGCUGUACUUUUUACUCACCCAGCCUUGCAUGCAGUCUUUCGUUCGGCAUAAAGUGUGCAGACAAACACGCAAGCAAGGUUGGCAAGAAUGCCGGCACCCACUAACGGAAGCAUGCCUUGCACCUGUGACAGUAAAGGAGUAGCAGCGACUGAAUCUGCAAUGCCAAGCAACAACAGUGAGUCAUAUCCAUUACGCAUGUAUAGCAGCUGCAGAUUCAAUCAACGGCCAAGAUAAGAUGCACUUCUGCCCCUGUCAGGAGCAGCCAUCACAACAACUACUCUCCAUGGAUCAUCACGACCGGACUCAAGAUCAGCCCUGCUGUUGAAAGCGUCAUUGCACAGCUUUGCGUUGCAGCAUUUGCU